UUUUCACGCGUCUCUUCCGGUUCUCGGGUGCACGAGCGCCUCUGACACGACUCGUUUGAUUUUCUUGCACUUUUUGACAGUUUCCAAACGCAACAUUCAGACUAAUUCUCUUACUAAACUAAACUAGACUAAACUCUUAAUCAUUUCAUUAGCAGGUUUAACUGUUCGGGGCAUUCAAGAGUAAAAAGGCUAGUCCGGGUGUGAACUUUGCUCUGUGUUUGCUCUAGGUGUGAGAAUUAUUAAAUAGCCACCUGACGCACAUUAUCACCCUCUAUAGCACGACUAUCUUUAUUCAGCAGGAUGUCGGAGGUUACAAUAUCUGAGGGAAGAGUGAGUGUGGGGAUGUGUAGUGAGUCUCUGUUUUACCGAGAGGCUCUUCCCUCAGCUGGACAGCAGAAGCUGUGUGUUUUGCUGCUGCAUGGGAUUCGCUUCUCCUCACACAACUGGCUCACUAUCGGCACUCUCAGCGCCCUGGCCGCGGCUGGACACCGGGCCUUGGCUAUAGACCUGCCAGGCCUGGGUGAGUCGAAGGCAGCAGAGGCCCCUGCAGCGGUAGGUGAGCCAGCCCCUGCUUUGUUUCUGAAGCAGGUCUGUGAUGGAUUGAACACCGGACCAGUAGUGGUGAUCAGCCCCUCUCUCAGUGGCAUGUAUUCGCUGCCCUUUCUCUUCCAGCACUCUGAGCAGUUGAAAGCCUAUAUUCCUGUAGCUCCCAUUUGCACAGACAAGUUCAAGGCUGAACAGUACAAAGCUGUACAGGUCCCUACUCUUAUCGUGUAUGGAGAUCAGGACACUCAGUUAGGAGAAGUGUCACUGAACAACCUGAAGAAUCUGCCCAAUCACAAGGUGGUGGUGAUGCAGGGGGCUGGGCAUCCCUGUUACCUUGACGACCCAGUGACUUGGCAUAAAGCCGUUCUUGAGUUUUUGCACACUCUUUUGUAAUCUAAACACUCCUCAUCACAUUUAACUGUGGGGUGAUUACAUAGUGAUUUCUAUUAUGAUUAAAAAGGUAUGUUCAUCCCAAUUUAGCACUUAACCAUUCCCACUUCAUGAUCUAGGUCUCCCUCUGUCACUUAGAAAGUGCAAAAAUCCCCUGCCUAAGUGAACACUAACAGCCUUUUAACUAGUAUCAAACUAACUGUCAGAGGGAGAAAGAAACUGGCCAUCCUUCCAGUUCAGCAAGGGAAAUUACGGCUGUGGCGUUGUCACUCUGAACCUGAUUAUUAGCACCUUUUUAAUAUUGUGCACACACAUUUGAUUUGCUUCAUUAUAGAUAAUAAUCAUAUAAUUAUAUCUAUAUUACAAAAAACUAAAUUUCCACCUUUUCUUCUACUUUACCUGAAAUUUAUUUUUAAUGUUUAUGUUGUACUUCAAUGUCAGACAUUUUGUGUGUUUUAGGCCAAAGCCGUUACACAACAGCAGUAAAAAAAAAGUAAUUGUGCAAUACACUCCUCACACUGUCAAUAAACUCACAGACCAGACUGAGUUUCGAGUAAUAUUUAAAUUCAGGUCUUGCAUCAAAUGAAUAAAUCAGUGUUGAUCAUUUAUCUGAUUGUAAACGCCCCAAAAUAUUGUAAUAAUGUAUGCCACUAUGUAUGAAUGAUAUUGUGUAUGUAGUACUGAAGAACACAACUGUGAUUGCACAUUAAAAAAUAAUCACAACACACUGGACUGAAGUGA